AUGCACGGAGUUGUAGUCAGCCAAAAGCUCGGUCUUAACAAACUCGGGGGUAAAGUUCGGCAUUUCAAACCACUCACUUAUAUCCAUCUCGGUGCUCACAUCCCCGAUCGACUCAUUUUCCAGACCGGCCUCAACUUUCCUCGGCCCAAACGUCGAAGACGUCGACCGGCGAAGUCGUGCGAGCAAUGCCGCCGCCGCAAGAUUCGGUGCGACUUGGGGCAGCCGUGUAAUGGCUGCGUCCGGGCUCGGGUUUCGAUGGAGUGCUCAUACCGAGACGGGAGCUCCGGGGAUGCAGCUGCAGUACCUGCCAAGAGCCGGGAGCUAGCAUCUACCGAGACGCAUCCAGAAGCAGGGGAGGAGGUCGUAAUACCACGCCAACCAUCAAGACCAGAGGCCGGUGAUGACGUGCCGUUGACGAAUCAGGAAUCCUUGCUCUUGAGCAAUGCUUCACCCUCUCAGCCUCUGGUCUCGGCCCCGGCCUCAUCAUCUACCUGUAUACCACCACACACACCAAGACUUCGACAUGUCCCCGAGAAGACGAAGCUAUUUGGCCAGACACACUGGCUGCAUACAGCAGAGAGGUUUCCAAUAUCGGGGUCGUUCCACCCCGUCCAAGUCGAACCAUGGUUCAACGAUGCCAAAGCCGAUCUCAUCGAGACCUUGCAAGAGGCUCGAAAUCUCCGAUUCGCCCUCAAGAAACAAAACGCAGCCAAUCUUGAGCAGCCUAUCCGGGACUUGCGUGAGACUCUCCCCGUGAAGGAGACUUGCGAUGAUCUCAUCCGGUGUUAUCUCCGUACCUUUGAGCCCAUGUACCGAAUCAUCCAUGUACCAUCCUUUUGGAACGAGUACAGCCAGGUGUGGGUGGGGGAGCAUGCUUCAACCCUUCAGCCUGUUUUUCUCGUCAAGUUGUCUUUGAUCCUUGCUAUUGGAACGACUUUUAAGGAGGUCUCUGAUGAUGCCGAGGCCAACCAUCUAUGGCGGCUUGCGCAAACGUGGAUACAGAAUGCACAGUGGUGGCUCACAGGACCAAGCGAGAAGACUACAUACAAUCUAGAUGGUCUUCAAGUAUUUUGUCUCUUGCUCCUUGCUCGCCAGACCACAUUCAACUGCCGUGGCGCAACAUCAUGGCUCUCUUCGGGGUCACUUCUUCGCGCUGCCAUCACCAUGGGGCUUCAUCGCAACCCCAAGUUGUUUCCAGGCCUGUCGCUGUACCAAAGAGAGAUUCGUGCACGUCUCUGGACCACAGUCUUGGAAUUGUCUGUACAGUGCUGUCUUGACCUCGGCCUGCCGCUCAACUUCUCCGACAUCGACUACGAUGCCUGUUCACCAUCCAACUAUGACGACCCUGAUCUCGACUCUGGCUCUGAGCCAACGCCCAAACCUAUGGACACUCCCACAGAUUCGAGCCUACAAAUAAUGUUAGCACAAUCUCUUCCGUUAAGAGUCGAGGUCAUCCGCCUGCUCAACGAUUUUCGCCACCAACAAUCCUACGAGAAAGCUUUAGAGAUAGGCACAAAACUGCGUAAGGCGUGCCGUGAUGUGGCAGCCUUCUUUCAUUCGAGUAAGGUCACUGACGGUAGUUUUGCGGAUACGUGCGGUCUCAGGCCGAAUAUGUUCCACCGAAAACUGAUGGAUAACCAACUAAGACGGUUCAUCAUGUUUCUUCAUCGCGACUUCAUGCUGCAGGCUAGGGCCGAUCCCAGAUUCUACCUCUCCCGCAAAAUAUGUGUCGAGGCUGCCUUGGUUAUCGCAUCCAGCGACAAGGGGGCCAACCUCAACCAACCCCUCCAACGGUGGGAGGAUACAUGGCGUCUUGCACUCGUUGGUCGGGGGUUGUUCAAGUGCUCCUUGAACUUCGAUGCCAUGCUGAUACUGUCUCUUGAGGUCAUCACUCAGCUACAGGAUGAAGCAGCACCGAGUUACGAAGCCGAUGUCCUCGGCGAGAUGGCCAAAGCUGGCCGAGCCCCCCUGAUCCAAGUUCUCGAAAGCAUGCAAGAACAACUAACCCAGCUCAUUGCACGAGGCAACACCAGUCUCAAGAGACUCUUGUUCGUCAACGCCCAUCUUACGCAGAUCCGGGCGCUAGAGUCAGGCCAGCCGAUGAAGCAAGCAGUAUACGAGGCUCAUGCCCAGACCUUGCGCAACUGUGUUGCGGUGCUGCGCGAGACGACGGCGGGGGCGACACCCCAGGACAGUAAGGAGAAAGUGCCUAGAGAAGGGGUUCCCCGCCAUAUCGCUAACUAG